AUUUUCGGUUUGCUCAAUCCAUUGGAUCUCUUACAUCUGGCGCGUCUCAGCAAGGAUUUUCGAAAGGUGCUUAUGAGCAGGUCGACUAUAUGCGCAUGGAAAUCGGCGCACUCGAACCUUGAAGGAUUCCCAGGGCCUUUUCCUGGUAUGUCGGAGCCUGCGUGGGUUAAUCUUGCCUUCAUGGCAGAAUGUCAUUACUGCACCAAGAUCGUUCGGUGUCCUGAUAUGUAUCUGAAGGCUCGUCUAUGUCCUGGCUGUGCUAAAACGCGGUAUGUCACGUCAUAUUCAUCUGCGCUUGGGUGGCUAAUAUAUUGUUCAGCGUAUCAACGCCAGCGUCGCAAAAAUUUGGAUUGUUUCGCUUUGCAAAGUGAAUAUGACGCAAUGCGGGCCAAGAUCUCAACUAUGACUUCAGAUGAUGAACUUUGUCAAUUAGAAAUAGUAGAACAGUGUGCAUUUCUGCUCGAGCAUCGGAACCAUGCAAUUCUCUGCACACAAUGGCACGAUCAACGUGUGCGUGAUCGACAAGACGAGAUUGAUGAAUUGAAAAAGAGCAGGAAGGCAGCCAUCCGUGAUAAACUCAUAGAGCUUGGAUAUGAGAAAGAUCUCGAAAGCGUCAGGUUUCCGGAUUGCUUUGCGGAGCAUCGUCUUGUGAAGAAGAAUAGUCCUUGGACUGAUCGCGCCUGGGCCAAUAUCAAGGGCGAGAUGGUUCGCUGGGCAAAGUCAAUGAGAACUAGACGCCUGGCCAGAGAGCGUGAGGCUUUGAUCAACAGUCGCAAAUCGAUCGCUGUCGUCGUUCUCCGUCAGUACAAGAACGAGUCCACAAAUUAUCCUCUGAAGCGCUUCUUCCCCACCAUCGCCGACUUCUGUGACUUCCCUCCCGUGCGCGAGGUUUUGGAGCUCCCUUCGGAAGUGGUAGUAAACACACAGAGCUUCUCUGCAGUGGUUCCUCAAAUACCCUAUCUUUGCCGACGGUGGCGGGGAUAUGUCCGCGGCUUGUUGUCCCAGUUGAUUCUUGGACCCGACUCGCAGAUUCCCCCUGAAGAACACCUUACACACUUAAAAUUGGCACGCAGUGUACUGAUUUGUCAGUCUUGCAGUACCUUCCCACUUUCAUCCCAGCUGCAUCGAGGCCAUGAGGAUGAGGAUGACAGAUACAAGCUUGAGCCUCUCUUUUAUCCUCAAAUGUUGACUCACGCUUGCACAUCGCUUGGCUACAAACAGCGUUGCCCGGCUCCAGACGAAUCUUCCCGCCUUGUCCAUGAACACUACCGCUCCCGUGCUCCCUGGCAUACGACCUCGCUUGCACAAAAUGAGCAGUUCAAGAUGAUAGUUGAGACUAUAAUCCGACUGGUCGAACUCGAACCGAGUACUGCAAGUGUCCAGCACAUGGAUGACGCAGACGCCCAAUUUGAAUGUCUGCUCUGUGAACACAACCGGAUUACAAGACAUUCGGAGAUGGUCAUAUUGUACAACUGGCGAGAAUAUGUGAGUGUCUUGUAUAUUUUCUGGAGCAAGUAG